GUCGCACAAGCUCAACAGUUCAGCUCGUCUGGUUGAGAGGAGGACUGAAUUCCAAGCGGUCCGAAGCUGAAGCGUUCUGAAGAUGUGAAGUAUGAACUCGGGUCGCUUGCUUCCUUUAUAAAAUAGUUAGGACAGAAACCCGAUUUGACAGAGUAUUUGUUCAAUCAAAUGCACUCGGAGGCAUCCUAGCUAGUAAUUAUUGUUUUUGUAGGUGUACGGGACAGUGAUUGUGUGAUCAUAAUGGCAGCAGUGCUGUCCACAUCCGGGCAACAAUGCCUUGACUCCAUUAUUGUUAAUUCGGUCUGAAACUGGUUGAUAAAUAUUUAUUAUAUAAAAUAUUUUUGUCAAGCUGGAAGCAAGAGGAGAUGUCUAACCAAGGAGUUCGGCGAAAUGGUCCGGUUAAGCUGCGUUUAACAGUCCUCUGCGCCAAAAACCUGGUGAAGAAAGAUUUCUUUCGCCUCCCUGAUCCAUUUGCCAAAGUGGUGGUGGACGGCUCAGGACAAUGUCACUCCACAGACACCGUGAAGAACACCCUCGACCCCAAGUGGAACCAGCACUACGACCUCUAUAUUGGCAAGUCUGACUCCAUCACCAUCAGCGUGUGGAACCACAAGAAGAUCCAUAAGAAGCAGGGGGCUGGCUUCCUGGGCUGUGUACGCCUUCUGUCCAACGCCAUCAACCGCCUCAAAGACACCGGCUAUCAGAGAUUGGACAUGAACAAGCUGGGCCCCAAUGACAGUGACACAGUGAGGGGUCAGAUAGUGGUGAGCCUGCAGUCCAGAGACCGGAUAGGUACAGGAGGCCCAGUGGUGGACUGCAGCCGUCUGUUUGACAAUGACCUGCCAGACGGCUGGGAGGAGCGGAGGACUGCGUCUGGCCGAAUCCAGUACUUGAACCACAUCACUCGUACCACACAGUGGGAGAGGCCUACCAGGCCUGCGUCGGAGUACUCCAGCCCGGGCCGGCCUCUCAGCUGCAUUGUGGAUGAGAACACGCCCAUCCUGAGCACCAACGGGGCCACACCCACCGUCCCGUGUGUCCCGUCCAGCGACCAGCGGGCCCAGGAGAGACGCGUCCGCUCCCAGAGACACAGGAACUACAUGAGCAGGACACACCUCCACACGCCCCCAGACCUGCCUGAGGGAUACGAGCAGAGGACCACGCAGCAGGGCCAGGUGUACUUCCUCCACACCCAGACAGGAGUCAGCACAUGGCACGACCCUCGAGUACCCAGAGACCUGAGUAAUGUAAACUGUGAGGAGCUGGGCCCACUGCCCCCGGGCUGGGAGAUCAGGAACACAGCCACCGGCCGGGUCUACUUUGUGGACCACAACAACCGCACCACGCAGUUCACAGACCCGCGACUCUCCGCCAACCUGCAUCUAGUCCUCAACCCAAGCCCCAAUGGUUCCCGUAGUGGCAUCGAAAUUCAGAAUAGUCAGAUCAGCCGUCAGAACCAGCUGAAGGACCAGGCGCAGCAGGCACUGGUGUCUCCAGGUAAUCUGCCAGAGGAGGCAGAGUGCCUCACGGUGCCCAAGUACAAGAGGGACCUGGUGCAGAAGCUGAAGAUCCUCCGCCAGGAGCUGUCCCAGCAGCAGCCCCAGGCAGGCCACUGCCGUAUGGAGGUGUCCCGCGAGGAGAUCUUUGAGGAGUCUUACCGCCAGGUGAUGAAGAUGAGGCCGAAGGACCUGUGGAAGAGACUGAUGGUGAAGUUUAAAGGGGAGGAGGGGCUGGACUACGGAGGAGUGGCCAGGGAGUGGCUGUAUCUGCUGUCCCAUGAGAUGCUGAAUCCGUACUACGGCCUGUUCCAGUAUUCCCGCGAUGACAUCUACACCCUGCAGAUUAACCCCGACUCGGCCGUCAACCCGGAGCACCUGUCCUACUUCCACUUUGUGGGUCGUAUUAUGGGCAUGGCGGUGUUCCACGGCCACUACAUAGACGGGGGCUUCACCCUGCCCUUCUACAAACAGCUGCUGGGGAAACCCAUCACCCUGGACGACAUGGAGUCAGUCGACCCAGACCUCCACAACAGCCUCGUCUGGAUCCUGGACAAUGACAUCACAGGGGUGUUGGACCACACCUUCUGUGUGGAGCACAAUGCCUACGGGGAGAUCAUCCAGCACGAACUCAAACCCAACGGCAAAAUCAUCCAGGUCACCCAGGACACCAAGAAGGAGUAUGUCAGACUGUAUGUGAACUGGCGUUUCCUGCGAGGCAUCGAGGCUCAGUUCCUGGCCCUGCAGAAGGGCUUCAACGAGGUCAUCUCCCAGCACCUCCUCAAGGCCUUCGACGAGAAAGAGCUGGAGCUCAUAGUGUGUGGCCUGGGUAAGAUCGACAUCAACGACUGGAAGUCCAACACGCGGCUGAAGCACUGCACCCCCGACACCAACAUCGUCAAGUGGUUCUGGAAGGCCGUGGAGUCGUACGAUGAGGAGCGCCGGGCCAGGUUGCUGCAGUUUGUCACCGGCUCCUCCAGGGUCCCUCUGCAAGGCUUCAAAGCCCUCCAAGGUGCUGCAGGCCCACGACUCUUCACCAUCCACCAGAUCGAUGCCAGCUCCAACAACCUGCCCAAAGCCCACACCUGCUUCAACCGGAUCGAUAUUCCUCACUACGAGCACUAUGACAAGCUGUAUGACAAGCUGCUCACUGCAAUCGAGGAGACGUGUGGCUUUGCUGUGGAGUGAGACGCUGCUGAUGCAGGGGUCGGCAGGAACAAGGAGUGGAGGAACUCGACCAUGGUCAGACACCACCAUCCAGUUCACCCAGGGGAGGGGGGCGUCUGCGGUCCAGUGGCCCAAGGACUCUCUCACCCACAAUAGGGGCAUGUGGCCAGGCCGAGGGGGGGAGGCAGAGGAGACAGAGCGAGUGGUCUCGUCUGUUUAGGGGUUUCCCCUCAUCCCCCACCCCUCUUUUAAAAAAGAACCUUUUCAGCUGCUAAUAACUCAGACUAUUUACUAACUUGUGGAACCUGCAAAAAUGGCUGGCUCUUUAAAAACAAAAAAAAUUAUAUGUUCAGUUUUAGCAUUCUAAAAAUAGACAGUAUUCCAUGUAGCAAAGCACCAUCUUACCAAGCAGAACAUGAAGUCCACACCUAAACAAAACAAUGGCCACAUAAAUAAGACUGGUAUCACUGGUUUGAUGGAGCACAGUGUUACCCACAGUUACCAACAACACUGAAUGGUGCUUGGUAUGUUUGGAGGCAGGGAAUGAAGGGAGCAUGAAGGCUCCUUAGCACCCCCUGGUGACUGAGUCCUCUUCUACCACUGAGGCCUUUCGUGGGGCAUCUAUCUUCACUCUGAGGCUGGAGCACAUGUUCAGAACUUGACCUUAUGGAGACAGACAUGCAGGGCCCCACUGUCAACGACCCUCUCCAAAGAAAGCAGGGGCCUCUAGUUUUCAGAUGCUACCUAGCAACCAGCGCUCCAUUCCCAGAAACCAGUGUCUGACAUCUAAGCUUGUUUGAAAAUUAAAUAAAUAGCUUGAAUGGUGUUAUUUUUAUAUAAUAUGAAAAUGAAACACUCAAAUUAUAUAUAAUAUAUAUAUAUAAUUUAUUUCUGUUAUAUUUCAGAAAGCUUUUGCCAUUAUAUAUAAAAAUAAAUAAUACAUGUUUUAAAUACUCAGUGUUACUGUUUACAUUAUAGACAAUUUGUGAAAACAGAGUUAAGCUUGAAUGAAGUUCACUUAGAUUGCUGUGGGUGAAAUCUUUACAUAGCCUCUUUCCUACACAGUAAGUAGAGAGGUGGUCUUAAGGGCGGGUUGUCUUUAAUACACACUGUCCUCUGAGUGCCAUAGUACUUUUGACUGAAUCUUUUCAACUAUUUAGAUAUUAACCUGACCAUUUAAAUUCUAGUGACAUCAUCCAGUAGGUUCAUGUGGUGGGGCAUGUAAGAUGAGUUCCAUAGGCCUUUCUCAUGAUUGUUUCUUCAUGGUGAUCUGCUCUGUCCCCACAAAAGAAUGGCUAAGAGUCCCUGCUACCCUGAUGCAUUUUGUUAAGUAAAGAUUACACAUGUUUGAGAUCUUUUGUAAGUGCUACUCUUGUCAUUUUGGCAAAUAACUACUACUACCUUCCGGUUAUGGUCUUCUGGUGCUAAAUACAGCAGCAGUUUGCUAAUUUCUUUAAAUAUAUUAGCAACCAGUCUCAUACCUGGGGCUGAGAUGGGCGCAUAGCAAACUACAUACAAAAAGUUGCAAUGAAUUGAACAAACAUAACUCAGACCUCAAGCCACAUUCUCAGGAGAUGUCAUAUUAUUUGUUGUAUUAUUUGGGAGCUGACGUGGUCAGAUACAAAACUUUUCCUCUGUAAUGGUUGAAUGUCUUCUACAGUACAUUAUGUUCAGCGGCUAUAAAGUCCAAAGUCCACAGUUGUCAUAUGAAAUGUAACCCAACAGUAGACAUUGACAUGUGAUUGUUGGUUUUCUAUAUCUCCAUAUUGGCUAUAAUUUAAAUCUGAAUGAAUGAGAUGAACCCCCUAAUUCUACUCACCUGAACCUAGCUCUCCAAGUAUGGAUUUGGGGGAGAACAUAUUUCUUUUCUACUCAUUCAAACAAAUUGUUGAAUGUUUUCUUUUUUUUUUUUAAGGCUGCCUGUCUAGCAAUCCAUGACCAUGGACUGUUCUUAAAGUUAGCAUACAUUGAAAAUGAAUUGCUCAUCUUUUUCUUUUAUAGAGGUGUAUGCAAAGUGAAGUGUCCUCAGAUGGGGCUUUGUACAGUGAUAGGAUAUUGUUCAUAUAUGUGGAUCACACAACCUGUAAUUUAUCUUUUAACUUAAGUUUUUUUAAAUGCACACAUACAGAACUAUUUGUCGCCUUAUGUAAUAGGUGACUUCUAUCUAUUUACCAGAUAGGUUAUGGACUGAUUUGAUUUUAUAUGUAAACAUAUUCAUUUACUUUAAAAUGCACAAAAAGAUCCCUCUACAGUCUGUUUCUUACACAAAAUCUCUCUGCAUUACUCCAUAGCUGCCUCCCUGAAGAAUGGAACUUUUUAAUAAUAAGUCAAAUUUGAGAUGCAGUUUUUUGUUGCUUCAUUUUUUUGCAUGAUCCACUAGCAGGACUAUAUAUCUUAUAGCUGACUGAUGCAAUUAGAUGUACUUAACACUAUAAUUUUUGUAAGAGUGUUUUAUUUUUGUGUGUAAUUGGUUCUAAUUAAACUUGCCUUUGUCUAAUGAAAUGAGA